AUGUUGUGCCAGGACCCAAAGUGUAUCUGCCACCCGCGCAAGCCGAAGCCCUUCCAGAGGCUCAGACUCACCCUCCGCGGCCCCAAUCCAGACCAAGUUCGUCGACUUGACCAGCCAGGCGCACAGCUCGACAUCAUCUUCGACCUGAUAGGAAACAACAUCCAUCUACGAGAAGCAAUCGGCGAUCCCGAAUUCCGCGAUACCUCAUACUCAAUCAACUUCUUCAUAGAGUCCAAGAUGAUGCAAUUCGAAAACCUGAAAGGUCUACCGAACAACGAUCUCCUCCUCUCCUUCCGCAUGCGAAGCUCGUUCUGCUGUGCAUGGGGCAAGAACAAGAUGAGAUACAGGGAGAAAUACAAGGGAUUUUCGCCUAACAAGGCGGAGAGUAAGCUGUACAACGAGUUUUACCAGUGCGAUUGGCCCGAGCAGCACCUCGAGCUACUUAUGCCGGCAGAUCGCAUCAUGGGAUGGAAGACUGUUGCCCUAAUUCUGAAGACUUUCAAGCGCAUAUCGCCGGAGAAUUGGUGCCGUAUGGUGAAACUUGGAAAGACAAAGAAGUUUCCUCGCGUUGCGGGCUUGGACUGGAUGGCUAUUGAGGCUGAUGUGAUGCCCAAGAAGGAAGAGCUUCCUCCUACUCCCGCGAUGACGCCCGAGGAAGAGAAGAAGAUGUACUUUUUUGCCCAACAGAAGAAGAUAGCAGCGAAGAGGGCAUAUCACCAGCAGUUAGCUGCUCUAGCCAUUUGA